CUUACAGACUUUGUCAUCUCAGAAAUAUUUCACCUCCACAUCCAACACUAACUUUGCUUUUCAUCCAGAUGGAGGUCUUCACAAAGCAGCUCACAUGGGUGGCUCUCUGCAUCACCAUAUUCGUGAUGUCAGGCUCUACUGAAGGUGCAAGUCUUCUGGCAUUAAAAGCAGCCAACAUGAAGACAUUAACCACAUAUGACUUUACCAUGGACAUCACAAACCGCAUAUUUACAGAUUCUCUGAUCAACUCUUUGUCUAACGACUAUAACAUAAUGUAUGAGGAAGUUAGCGGUGUGUUCUAUUCAGUCUACGGCUGCUCCACUUGUGACACAUAUGAAUUUUAUCAAGGUGUAACAGCCAUGACCUUCAGUAACAAUGCUGGAUCUGUGGUUGUUCAGGCCACCAUCAGGUUUGACUCUGGACAAACCAAUUCCAUUGUGAUCAAAAACGUAUUUCUACAGGCCAUCAGUGGCAGAAAUGAAAUAAACGGCCUGGAAAUCAACCCUAAAACCAUGCAGGUGAAUCCAGGACCAACAAGUUUCUCCAGCACUCCCCCACCAACCAAUACCUAUACCACUACCCCUACCCCUACCACUACACCAACUACUACCCCUACCACUACCCCUACCAAUACACCAACCACUACACCAACCACUACACCAACCACUCAACCACUAACGUGUGACCCCUUUUUGUCAACCAAUAGACCUCUGCUUUACACAAUUAUGUCAUGUCUUAUCACUCCCACCACUCCUACAAAUACUCCUACCACCACUCCUACAAAUACUCCUACCACCACUCCUACAAAUACUCCUACCACCACUCCUACAAAUACUCCUACCACCACUCCUACCACCUCAAUGCCUACAACUUAUUUUAAAUUUUUUUCUUACACCACUCCUACAACUACACCAACCCCACCUAGAUCAACAUCUACUAUUACCACCACUCCUACGACUACCACAACCACUACUCUACUCUACUAAAAGAUGGUAAAGACAUUCUUAUAACCACUCUCCAUUGCCAUUGCUAAAACUACUAAAUCACUUUGGUUUAUUAACAAAAAAAAAAAAGUGAAAAAACUCAACACAAUUUAUGUAAUUAGACAUAUGACAUUAACAUCAGACUGAAACACAUACAGGACUGUGCAAAAAUUAUGA